CCCGGAUGUGUGGCUGUGCACUUUUCCUUCCUUCCUUCCUCCAAUGCUCACCGCGACGGACACCUCAAUAUCCUUGACCGCCGACUCGUCCGAUAUAAUACUACGAGUCGACCUUGACUUGGCACUACCAGACUCGGAUACAUCCUUCUCCGACCUUGUGUUACCCAGGUCUCAACGAGCCGUCGCAAUGAGCUCGCUACUGCUCUCUAUCCCACCGGAGAUUCUUCCCAAGGCAAUACGCUCACUUACUACAUGGAGAUUGCAAGAGUCACGUUCAGCACUACCCAAUACGAAAUUACUUGUUCAAAUGGCGGAGGCACUUGACAGCACACAGCCGGGACGACGCAUCAAAUGGAUCUCGAGAGAGUAUUACAAGGAACUAGAAUGGGAGAGAGGACGAGAGGAGAAUGCCAGAUCGUGUAUCACAGGGGUCGACGACACUGCGAACGACGGCCCGCACGAUAUUGAAAACGUCCAGAAAGGUACCCCUUCUCGUCACGGACUCUUCUCUUCCCAACUCCGUCGAGGCUGUUCAGUGUGCCAUAUUCCUCAGGCUGGCCUAUCAGUCACAUCAAUACCCACCAUCAAACCGGUACCCACAAAAACGAUAUCCACCACGACGAUGCCCCAUAAAGCGAUACCCACAAAAGUACCGAUAACCCCCACUUCAACGGCUAAACUCAACGCCACAGCAAAAUCCAAGCGAAGACGCGCUAUUGCCGACUCGGAAAACAUUCCACCAUCGCAAGCUCAAACACAGCCUCGCAGACGCCCUGCAGCGGGAAAGAGUAGGAUGCCGGCACCCAGGGUCUUUGGGUUGCACAAUGCUUGAAGAUCAAGGUGUGCAUGUUUACUAGAGACGCGAAAAGCUAACUGUACUCAGACAAGCUAUCAUUUCAGUCUGAUUUCUCGCUCCAAAGGUCUUCGUUCCAGCCGUUCGCGAUCAAUCUCUUUGUCUGUGGGAUACCAAUAUGCUUUUCUUUCAAGUUUUUGCUCUGAUUAGCCGGCCUUUCUGCUUUCUCAUCUUCUUUCGGCAACAUGAUU